CUACUAGGAAAUUAGCAUCGUAUGCGACUGGGUGACCGUUGCUUGGGAAAUCAGCAUGUCAGGAGAGCAGACGCAGUGCCUUGCUACGAAAGAGGCUUAGCCGCUGCCUGCUGGUUCACCGUUGCACUGCAGGCCAAACAUGACUCACUCACCGAAAGUCUCACCUGUCAUGUCCCUCUUGAUGCCCUCAACAUUUCGCACAGCGGAAAACCACCGUCCACGGUAUGCCAGCGCCAUUGUUUCAGCCGCUCAAGGUGAUCGGCACCGAGAACCCCGCCGUGCCCUACACUGACCGCCAAGCCGUGCGGGUGGUGGCCUUCAACGCCAGAGGCGAAGUGGCCAUCCUCUACGCCAAGCGAGAAAACUACUACAAGCUUCCAGGAGGCGGGCUCGAGCCCGGCGAAGACCACGAGACAGCUGCCAAGCGCGAGUUCCAGGAGGAGACAGGCGGCCUCAUCAAGCUCCGCGGGAACGGCUGCAUCGCCGCCACCAAAGAGUUCCGCUUCUCUCAAUGCCAAGUGUCGUACUGCUACGUUGCCGACCUGGUGGACGACAGCGGGGAGCCCGCGCUGACUGAGGAAGAAAUCGACGACGGUCUUGGACACCUGUGGAUGCCGGUGGAGGAGGCGAAGAGGGUGAUAGCCGCGGCAGAGCCAACUUCCGACUUUGGGAGGUCCGUCAAAGGGCGAGAUAUCUAUUUGCUAGAUCAGGCGACAAAGGGAGUCGGAGCAGAUAAUGGAUAGCGUGUCACGGUUAGAGAGGAAGGAACGUCGGAGUCAACCUGGAAGUUUCUAGCAUACCAUGGCAAUUCCCGGCUGGAAGCCUGGGAUGGCACGCCAUUCGG